AUGACAGGUCCUAGAGGUCCGCUGGCCUUCCAUGCCCUGGGGUACGAGGAAUUAAAUUGUGGAAACCCGAGUCAGCAGCGCUCCUGGACGACGUGGACGUUUCCAGCCGCGAGUUUGGACGAGGACGGUCCGGACAGGAAAGACCGCCCGGUUCGUGCUGACUGGGGCGGACGGAGGGCGGGGUCGGCCGGGCAGGAGAGGGGAGGAGAUGGAAGGGGAGGAAGGGAUGUUGGAGGGAAGGCGGAGCUGGACGGACGAGGGCGAGGACGAGGUCGAGGUCCAACGAGCGCUAAUCGGAUGCUGAUCAUGAGCAUUAAUUACGGCCCAGAGUCACAACCUGAGUUGCUAAGACGGCGGAGGACAGGAUCAGUACUGAGCGGGGAAAAAUCGGAAGUUUCGGACGGCGGAAGCAUUUCGAUUAUGACUAAUUGGGCGACGGUAAUGGUGUAUGGGGACAGGGCAGGAAAUGGUCAGUGGACUACCACGCGGCGUUGA